UGCUUUCAAUAUGUCCUGUCGUAGGCAGACAAAAGCUCCAUUUACAUUGUAAAGAUACCAUUUUGUAAGAGUCAAGUACUCAGUCAUCAUCCAUGAUUUCAGUUGAAUUUGCCAUAAGAACUUUUGUGCUUUCAUAUCCUUCAGAGGCUAUGGAUGCAUUUCCAUAAUCAUCAUCACUAUUUGAUCAUUUCUUUCCUUUCCAAUCUAGGUAUUCGUUCUUGAAAUGCCCCUCUUUCUUGCAUAUGAAACACUUCAUUUUAGACUUGUCCUUUUCUUUAUUCUUGAACUUAUUCUUCUGUUUUUGAUUCUUCUUCUCUGCCUUGGCCUUGAAAAACAAUCCCUCGCCACUGUUUUCUUAUUUCCCAUCUGACUUCCUCUUCAAUUCUUUAGAGAUUAGUGCAGUCUGUACUUCUUCUAAUGACAAAGAAUUUCUACCAUAAAGGAGUGUAUCACACAAAUUUUCAAGAGAGCUUGGUAAUGAAUUUAUCAACAAUAGGGUCUGAUCCUCAUCGUCUAAUUUUACAUCAAUAGUUUCAAGAUCUAAAACAAUCUUAUUAAACCCAUCCAUAUGAUCUUCAAUUGACCUCCUAGGUUGCAUCUUGAAAGUAUAUAUCUUUUGUUUUAAGUAUAAACGAUUCCCUAAUGAUUUUGUCAUGUCUAAAGAUUCUAACUUGAGCCAAAUACCUGUUGCAGAGGUCUUCUUUGACACUUACCUCAGAACCUUGUCUCCAAGACUCAAGAUUAAAGCACUAUGAGUCUUGUUCAUGAUAUCCUUCUUCUCUUUUUCUGGAAUUGUGGAUGUCAUGUCUUUCUCUCCUCCCAGUGCUUCUGCCAAACCUUGAUGAACCAGCAACGCUUUCAUCUUGAGACGCCAUAACCAAAAAUCAUUCUUCCCGUCGAAUUUCUCAAGUACAUACAUGUCAUUUUUCCUUUGAAUCAAAUACACCCGUGCUCUUGAUACCAGUUGUUGUUAAAAAUGGAAAUCAAUCAGUCAAUAAUCCAAGAAUGUUCUUGGUUUCUGUAAAACGGAGAUUGAUCAGAUUGAGGUUAAUGUGAAAUAUACCGAGAUGAGGGUGACCUAUUCACAUAUCCUUUAUUGUAUCAACAACUUGUGGGUAGUCUUAAUUAUUUGAUAAUUAACCAACCUGACAUAUCAUUUGUUGUUCAACAAGUCAGUUCAUGCACUCUCCUCGCCACCUUCACUUGGAAACAGUUUGUCGCAUACUUCGCUACUUGCUAGGUACCUCUCAACAAGGUUUCUUCUUUUCCAUUGGCACAAUUUCCAAAUUGAUUGCCUAUAGUGAUGUUAAUUGGGUUGUGUGUCUCGACACUCAGCGAGUUGUCACCGGGUGCAUGUUUCUCGAUUCUUCAUUGAUAUCAUGGGAAACUAAAAAACAAAAAAGAGUCUUUAAAUCAUCUACGGAAUCAGAAUAUCAUGUCAUGUCUACUAUUUGUUCUGAGAUGAUUUGGCUUCGUGGUCUUUUGGCAGAACUUGGAUUCUCUCAAACAAAGUCGACGUCUCUCUAUGCUGACAAUACAAGUGCUAUUCAAAUUGUUGCAAAUCAUGAUUUUCAUGAACGCACCAAACAUAUUGAAAGAUUGUCACUCUAUCCGUGAGGCCUAUGAUAAUCAGAUUAUAUCCAUCUCUCACAUCAAUACUCAGUUUCAAGUUGCAGACAUUCUUACUAAAGUUAUUCCUCGCCCGCGCCAUUAGUUUCUAGUUAGCAAAUUGAUACUCCUUGACCAACCGCAUCAAUUUGAGGGGAGAUGUGAAUCAGGAAAUAAUAUUAAUGAAAACGCUGUUUCAUUUUUAAAAGGAAUAAAAAUAAAAUAAAACUAAAAACCCUAUUCUUCUCAUUCAUUCUCCAAUCCCUUGUGAAACCUAAAAAAAAUUCACUCUCAACCAUAUCGUCCUCCAUUUUUGUUCUCGUUCUCCGUCCUCCUUUAUCUUGUUCUUUGUUUUUCGUUUUCGACGUCGUCAUCCUCCAUCUCAUUCUCCAUCACCAUUUUUGACGUUAUUCUCAACCUCACUCUUGUUUUCGAGCUCAGCAUCGUUGUGAAAGGUACAAAGAAGCGGAUUGAAAGAAAGAAAAAAGUUAUGAAGUCUAACUCCUUGCACUAACGGUACAUAUUCCAUUCAGAUCUGCAAGGUUGCCUUUGUGUCCAUUUGUAGAAGCAGUUGUUGUUCUACCAGAAGGAUGUUAUGGGCAUGGAUCGAUAAUUACACUUAUUUAUCCUGAGAUUUGACGGUUGAAGUCGUACCUGCUAUUUUGAGAGUUGUUGGAGAACAGACAUAGCCGAUUCUCCAUAGAGUGAGUUGACGACGAUCAUUGUCAUAUAUUUUAUAAUGAUAUGAUUAUUAUUUUACUUGUUUUCUAUAUUAAAGUAUUUAUUGAAAAUUUGGGGAACAUUGAAAUUUAUCUCGAUUUCGUCAAUUAUUUAAUUUAAUAAUCGUUGUUAUAUAAUAUGUUAUUAGUUUGAUUUAGGUAUGAGUUAAAGUAUUUAAAUAUUGAAUUGUUAUGGGAUUAUCAUACGCGUUUUUAUUUUUAUUUGUCCUUCUAAUUUUCAAAUCACUAGGAUCAAAUUAAAAGGCUACAAAAAAUAAUGUAAAUCACUACCACAUGGAAAAAGUAAUAAUACUCUGAAAAAAUUAUUAUGUUGAACAUGUACUUCUGCAAAACUUCAUGCAUCAAUUAGUUUUCCACUUGUUAAUGAAACAGAUAAUUGCAACAAACAAAAUGGUAGUAUAAACUAAUAGGUGUCUAGUUGGGGAUGCUGCAGAAACAUAGCAACCAAGAAGUAACCAACCAAUAUAACAGAAGCUGAACAUCAAGACUUCCCUUGCUUUAAAUAUGUCCUGUCGUAGGCAGACAAAAGCUCCAUUUACGAUGCAUGCAUAAUGCAUUGCUAAGUAUUAUAUUGUAAAGAUGUCAUUUGGUAAGAGUCCAUGUGAUUCCCAAAAAAAAAAUUGAGAGAUGAGUUGGAAGCUAGCAGCAUGGUGAGCAUUUCCAUAUAAUGGGUGAGGUAGCUGAGAUCGAAAUCGUUAUGAUAUAAUUGCAUGCAAAUUAGGUGACAUUUGAGGAACAAAAAUAUUCUUCUUGUCUCUCUUAAUUGGCUACUUUGUUUGCUAUAUAUGAAAUGAAAAAAGCCAACCACUAAAACUCAAGUUUUGAAACAAACUCUUUAUACCUUCUGUUCUCUAAGAAGAAGAAAUGGCAGUCAUUGAAACAAACCCAAAGAGCUCUCUGCAUCUUCGUAGCAACAGUUUGCCCUCUACAUCUCACCCUCUUAUAUCACAAUUGGAGGACAAUUUGCAAAGGUUGAAGAGUUCUGAAGGGACCUCUUCAGUGUCAUCAUCUUUGGUAUGCAACAAACUUAAUGGCAUGCAGGAUUUGCAUGACUGCGUUGAUAAGUUGCUUCAAUUGCCAAUUGAACAACAAUACUUAGCACAAGAGUGCAAUGAAAAAUGGGUUGAUAACCUACUAGAAGGAUCUCUUAGGCUCUUGGAUAUCUGUUCUACAGCUAAGGAUAGCCUAUUACUAUCAAAGGAAAAUAUGCAUGAACUACAGUCAGUCAUCAGAAGAAGGAGAGGAGGUGAAACUGGAUUCACAGUUGAGGGUGUAAAGUAUUUGGCUUUGAGGAAGAACAUGAAGAAGCAAAUCCGAAAGGCGUUGAUAAUUUUGAAAGCAAUAAAGAAUGAGUUAAUGUCUUUUUCUUCAAAAAAAGACAAUAACUUUUCACCUAUGAUUGGAUUCUUGAAAGAAGCAGAAGCAGUCACCCUUUGCUCACUAGAACAUUUGUUGCUAUUUAUUUCUGAUCCAAAAGGACAAUCAAAGCACAGAAGAUGGUCAGCAAUAUACAAGUUGAUGCAGACUAAAAGGGCAAUUUGUGACUCACAUGAAUCAGACAUAAAUGAAUUUGAGAAGGUGGAUGCCGCUUUGCAGUCCCUCAUCAGUCACAAGUCUUCAUCUACUGAAAAUUUUCAAAGUGAUUUGGAAAAUUUGGAGAUGUGCAUUCAAGAUCUAGAAGUAGGAGUUGAGCACAUCUCAAGAAAAUUAAUCAGAAAUAGAGUUUCCCUUCUUAACAUCUUCAACCACUAGUCAUAUUGUCUAUAUGAUUUUUGUGCACUCAAUUUUCCCCCAUGAGUGUUGCAUUACUGUACAUGAUUGUGAUUAUAUCUUAUUUUUGAUACUGAAUAUUAUUUAGGGAUCAAACCCUUAUUAUUUUAACAUCUA